AUGCAGGAAAACCUCAGAUUUGCUUCAUCGGGAGAUGAUAUUAAAAUAUGGGAUGCUUCAUCUCUGACAUUGGUGGAUAAAUUCAACCCACACACAUCACCACAUGGAAUCAGCUCAAUAUGUUGGAGCAGCAAUAAUAACUUUCUAGUGACAGCGUCUUCCAGUGGCGACAAAAUAGUUGUUUCAAGUUGCAAAUGUAAACCUGUUCCACUUUUAGAGCUUGCUGAAGGGGAAAAGCAGACAUGUGUCAGUUUAAAUUCUACAUCCAUGUAUUUGGUAAGCGGAGGCCUUAAUAACACUGUUAAUAUUUGGGAUUUAAAAUCAAAAAGAGUUCAUCGAUCUCUUAAGGAUCAUAAACAUGAAGUAACUUGUGUAACAUACAAUUGGAAUGAUUGCUAUAUUGCUUCUGGAUCUCUUAGUGGUGAAAUUAUUUUGCACAGUGUAACCACUAAUUUGUCUAGUACUCCUUUUGGCCAUGGUAGUAAUCAGUCUGUACGGCACUUGAAGUACUCCUUGUUUAAGAAAUCACUACUGGGCAGUGUUUCAGAUAAUGGAAUAGUAACUCUCUGGGAUGUGAACAGUCAGAGUCCAUACCAUAAUUUUGACAGUACACAUAAAGCUCCAGCUUCAGGCAUCUGUUUUUCACCCGUCAAUGAAUUGCUAUUUGUAACCACAGGCUUGGAUAAAAGAAUCAUUCUCUAUGACACUUCAAGUAAGAAGGUAGUGAAGACUUUAGUGGCUGACGCUCCUCUAACUGCAGUGGAUUUCAUGCCUGAUGGAGCCACUUUGGCUAUUGGAUCUUCCCGUGGGAAAAUAUAUCAGUAUGAUUUAAGGAUGUUGAAAUCACCAGUUAAAACCAUCAGUGCUCACAAGACAUCUGUGCAAUGUAUAGCAUUUCAGUACUCCACUGCUCUUACUAAGAGACAUUUUUUAAAAUCAUUUGUGGAUGAUCAUAAAAGUUUGCCUCGAAACAUAAAUACAGAUAUUUUAUCUAAGGAAACAGACAGUGGAAAAAAUCAGGAUUUCUCCAGCUUUGAUGACACUGGGAAAAGUAGUUUAGGUGACAUGUUCUCACCUAUCAGAGAUGAUGCUGUAGUUAACAAGGGAGGUGAAGAGUCAGUAGGCAAAGGAAAUGGUCUUGACUUUCUGCCACAAUUGAACUCAGUGUUUCCUCCAAGAAAAAAUCCUGUAACUUCAAGCAGUUCAGUAUUGCAUUCUAGUCCUCUUAAUGUCUUUAUGGGAUCUCCAGGGAAAGAAGAAAAUGAAAAUCAUGAUCUGACAGCUGAGUCUAAGAAAAUAUAUCUGGGAAAACAGGAACCUAAAGACUCCUUCAAACAGUUUGCAAAGUUGAUCACUUCUGGUGCUGAAACUGGAAGUUUAAAUACCUCUCCAUCGUCUAACCAAACAAGAAAUUCUGAGAAAUUUGAAAAGCCAGAGAAAGAAGUCGAAGCCCAGUUGAUAUAUGAACCCCCAGCCAAUGGAUCCUCAACUCCAAAUCCAAAGAUAGCAUCCUCUGUCACUGCUGGAGUUGCCAGUUCACUCUCAGAAAAAAUAGCUGAUACCAUUGGGAACAAUCGGCCCAAUGCACCAUUGACAUCCAUUCAAAUCCGUUUUAUUCAGAACAUGAUACAGGAAACACUGGAUGACUUCAGAGAAGCAUGCCAUAGGGACAUUGUGAAUUUGCAAGUGGAAAUGAUUAAACAGUUUCAUAUGCAACUGAAUGAAAUGCACUCUUUGCUGGAAAGAUACUCAGUGAAUGAAGGUUUAGUGGCUGAAAUUGAAAGACUGCGAGAAGAAAACAAAAGACUACGGGCGCACUUUUGAAAUUUCAGUGAAUGCCGUAAUGUUUUGUGACUUGGGAAGUUUCUGUCAACACAGGACUACACAGAAUCAGUAUUGUUUUCACGGUCUCUAGGGAAAAAAAAUUUUUUUUUCAAGUAAAAGGGUGAUGGGAUUUUACACCAACCACUAUUUCAUC